CCAGAAACGCACACGUCGCGCACGCCUGAGCAGACGCCACACUCCACCCAACCACCGGUCGCCGCCGGCGAGAUGCUGCCCUACCACGGCGAUCGCCACCGGGGCUCGCCCCCGCCGUACCCCGCGGCAGCGGCGCACUCCUCGCUCUCCCCCUCGGCCGCUCCCUUCACCGUGGACUGCCCCCGCCCCGCGGCGGAUCCCAGGGUCCGCAACCCCAACCCCCCCGGGCUCGAUCUCCCCACCGCGCCUUCCCUCUACACCACCGCCGCCGCCGGAGACUGGGGGAGCUCGUCGUGGAUGGAACCCCCCGCCAGCUACAUGGCCCCCUCCCCCGCCGCUGCCACCCCCCCGCCGCCGGCGUAUAAAGGUGAAGCUCCUGAAACUGCACCAUAUGGUAUAUUCCCUGGGACUUGUCAAAUUGGUAACUUUAUGGUUACACGUCCAUUGAGAUCAGAGAGCUCACAACUAACAAGUGCAAAAGGUCCUGGAACUUGGCUAGGAAGUUCAGAGGUUCUGCCCAGUGGUGUUGGGCCAUCAGUUUUUAGUCCGCAGCAGAAUACCUUUGUGCAUAAAUCAGAAGAUGCAGAACCUUAUCCUACACAGCGAGGUUUAUUACAGUAUCCUCCUCAGUAUCCUGCAUAUGACAAAUACAUGACACAGCUUUCAUCAUGUUCAACAAAUGUGCCACCUCCUGUCAUGUGGACGCCACCUGCCAAUUCUUCUGAAGUGGUCGAACAAAUGUUUCCAGUGAUGAAUAAAAAUACUGGGGAAAGUUCUUCAUCCUUUUCUUCAUAUAUGAAUCCUUGUAGAAUCAACCUUGAUUAUUUUGAUUGCAUGUGGAAUGAACAAAAAGAUCUUGGGCAUCAGACUACUGAUAAACACCAUGGAAAAUGGAGCAGCUCUGCUAGCAAUGCGGGAGACCAUUUGCUCAAUUCUCUUGGAGCAGAUCACCGUGCUGCAAGGUGUUUUGGAAAUGGGAGACCUAUACAGGAAUCUUCAGAGAUGAAAUAUGACCGGGGUAGCUUUAAUUCCAAAGUUUCUCCAUCUGAGGUUGGAUAUGUUCAGUCUCGUGAAUUUUCAUCCGAGUUGCCUGAGGUUAAUAACCCCACUGUUGAUUCACCUUGUUGGAAGGGUGCACCUAUUGCAUAUCCUCCUUCAUUUGGUAUUAUGAAAAAUACCGACAAUUCCCACUCUGUAAAUGGGGUAGGUGGUUAUCAAAUCGAGCAAUCACCCGAAUGGAGUUUAAAGUAUUCAGAGCUAUUCUCCAAACAUCAGGAAGUAUCAGCUUCUGAAAGUGUCAAAAGUGAUGCUUUGAAGACAUUCAAGUUGCCCGAGACACGUAAAAACACUGAAGAUAAUAAAGAAGUACUUCCGGUCUGUAUUGGGGUUCAUAAUGGUAUUGGUAACAAUGCAAGUUAUUUUCCUGAAGAACAAAAUUCCAGAAGACAGAAAUGCUAUGAUUCUACAGGAGAUUGUAAGAACAUGAUAGCUGCGAAUCAACAGGAAAACCUUUCAGUCAGCAAAGCCAAACUCUUAGGUGAGGAUAGUUCCAACCAUAUUGGGAGCAUAACUGAAGAAUCAAUUAACAAAGGGCCUAGUCCUCUUGGCAGUGCUCCUAGGGCUCUUGUUGAGAAUCUGAGUGAAAGCCUACAUGUUAAUGUUUGUUCUCAAGCAGCUGGGGCAGAGGAAUGCACACAGGCUCAAAUAUGUGCAAAAGGAGGUCAGCAGCCUCGCUAUUAUUCAGAUUCUGGGGGGAGCAUGUUGAAGACGUCUUCUGAAUCAAGAUCGAAGUCUCGGGCAGAACUUCUGAAACAAAUGCAUGAUUUAUCGGCAAUGCUUCUGUCCACUUGCAAUAGCGUUCCAUUACAGGGAUAUGAAGAGGAACUUCUGCAAUUAGUGAUUCAAAAUCUUAGAGAUGCUAGUUCCUGUAUAAGCAAGGUUCAAAAUAUGAGUUGUUCAAGGAAUAACUUAUGGAUGGCAAUGCCUGAACACUCAUUAGUAGAGAACGAUUCAGAAUUGAAGACCUCUAUUUCACAGGCUGUUGCUAAGCUCCCAGAGGAUAAGACGCUUGAUGAUAUUGAUGUCUCGCAAUUGUCGAUCUACAAAAAUUUGUGGGUUGAAGCAGAAGCAUCAGCAUGUAAGCUCAAAUAUGAGCUUCAACUUACCCGUGUGAAGCUUGCAGCAAUGGAAAAUCACAAUAACACACAAGUUCCUGUUGACUUAUCAAAAGGCAAUAAAAUCUUUAUCUCAACCAUACCCAAUAGUAAACCACAAAACAGCACUGCCUAUCCUGCGAACUUGCAAUGUCAGGGAGCAGAUAGUUGUGACGGGCAACUUCCUGCAGUAAAUAGGAGCAUCAUUGAUGGUGUUGAUGCUGAGGUGAUUGAGCGAUUGAAAUUUUUACAGUCCAAUUUGAAGGAUUGUCGUGCUUUUUGCCAAAACAACUGUGAAGAGCAGGAAGAAGCAAGCAAAAAACCAUGUGCAAUUGAAGAUGCUGUUAUGGCCAGGCUAAGGGUUUUGAAUUCGUGUCCUGAUAAUAUAGCCUCUCUAAAACAGGAAAACAACAACCACCACCAGCUAGAUACAAGCACAAACAGAGCAGAUAAUAUUGAUGAUGCUGUUAUGUCUAGGCUGAGAAUUUUGAAGUCCCGUCCUGAUAAUGUAAACCCACUGGGUCAGGAAAGCAGCAAGCAUGAGCCAGAUGCAGCUACAGGCACAAAUAAUUUUAUUGACAAUGCUGUUAUGUCUAGGCUGAGAAUUUUGAAGUCCCGUCCUGAUAAUGCAAACUCAUUGGGUCAGGAAAGCAGCAAGCAUGAGCCAGAUGCAAGCACAGGCACAAAUGAUUUAAUUGAUAAUGCUGUUAUGUCUAGACUGAGAAUUUUGAAGUGCCGUGACGAUAAUAUAAAUUCAUUGGACGAUGCCAUCAAGCAGCAUGUAGAAGCAUGUACUGAUCAACCAAAUUGGGAUGAAGAUGGUGUUGUGGCCAAAAUACAAGCUCCAAAUGGCGACACUGUGAGCACUGCUGACGGGUUCCAAAAUAUUCUGCAUUCUAAUAAUUUUGUGAGGCACUCGGAAGGAAAAGAUUCUGUCAGUGGUCUAGACUCUCCUGGUGAUGCAACCUGUAGUGAUGAAGAUAAUGGUCGCAAGGCACCUUCUGAUGAAGUCAAUGACAAAACUGCAGUCCAAAGCGAAGGUAGUUUUCCCAUGAACAUUGGUUGGCCGCUAAGUACAAUGGACUCUCAUAUUUGUACAGCAGGGUCUCAAGAGACGCCCCUAAUCUCCUCUUCAGUUCACAGGUAUGAUAUAUUUCCGCCGAAGUGGGAGCAUAUGCUGAAGGAGAACUUCUUCCAUCCAGGCAAAUAGGCUACCGAACUGAAAGCUAUCAAGGAGAUCAAGCAACUAUGUUUGCUCAUGUUCUAACAUGCUUAUUGUACAUAUGCUAUCGUAAUAACGAAACCUGAAAGAUCCAUCGGUCCUUUUCCUCUAUCUGUGACCAGUAUAUCAUGAUACACAACUGGUCAGCAUAUAAACAUCUCAUACCGUACGAUGUAUCUAUAAUAAUUGUGCAUAUUUUGGAGUUUUCAUGAAUUGUGUUAUCCA